AUCUACAAAAAAAAGUGACACUGACAUCACAAAAUUUUGUUUAUAACCUCAAUUCGCGUUCGCGCGUUAGAAUAUUUGUAUUUAAUCUUUUUAUUCUCAUAUUCCUAAAUGAAGCUAUGUCGGAGCUCACAGUGCACUCGGUCUGCACUAAAGGUCCGAUUUAUCCCACGUUAUUAUAUUUCCAAAAUGGAUGUCCGACGAAAGACUUUGAAACAAACUGUGCCGUGUUGCAAGACAAGAAUAAGUCUAGAACGAUAGUGAUGGAGACUUCUGAGCUCGUUUACGCCGGUAAAGAGGAAAAGGAAGAAACUGGCACGAUGCUGAUACUGGCCAGAGACAGGAUAACCGGUAUUGUUCGUCUAAUAGAGGUAGGCAGCGCCGACUUGAAACCACUUACCAAAACUGACUUAGACCAUUUACAACAUCAAAACGAAGCGAAAGCUUCUAGCAAGAUGAGAUUCAAGAAAACAAACACACAUAAUAUAUCAAAUGCUGUUCAAAUGGACACAGAACAGAUUAUUGAUAACAAUGUAUUGGAAAAUGCAGUUGCAUGUAAUGACAGCAUAGGUGAGCUCAAUAUACCGCCUGUAGAUAGAGAAAUAACUAAAGAUGAAUUAGAUUCUUUGCAGCAACAGCAGCAACUAAGUAGAUCAGAGUUUUCAGAAUUUAAGAAGAAACAAUCAAAAGAGACGGAGGUUGUAAAACAACAAAACCUUACAGAGAAUUACACCGAAGAGUUCUACAUACCACCUAUUAACAGAAGAGCUACUAAAGUUGAAGAUGUUUAUCACUUAGAGAAGAUUUUGUCUAAAGAUGAAUAUGAUAAGAUAUUUCAGGAACUAGAGGAAAAUAACUAUGUGACUGAUUUGCACCCUUAUAUACAGUCUUACAUGAAAGGCAGGCAUUUAUCACCACAAUUAACAGUACUAGCUGCCUAUGCCAGUUAUCUUAUUAAAUACUUACAUGUUAGCUGGAUUCAAAUCACAGCAGCUAAAUAUAAAAUAUGUGCAUAUUCUAAAACAUUAAAUGAUAUAAUAAUGAAUAAGUUUACAAAACUAACUGUAUAUAAAAAAUCACCUAAUGAUGUGCAUCUUCGAAGGAUUAAACCAAGAAAAAUUCAGCUCAAAGCUAUAUGUCAUAUAAUGGUGUUCAUGUUGAUAUUAAAUAAUUAUAAAUUUUAUCUUGAACCUCUAUGUACUGCAGUGGGCAAACAAAACAUUAGCGUUAAACGGCUGGUUCACUUCACUGGAGCAUCAAUAGUUCGCCGCAAAGUUGGAAGACUGGUGCGACUACGACUACCAUUAGUCAGAAAUACAAAUUAUACGACUGUAUGUAAAGAUACAGAUACACUAGAGCAGCUGAAAGAAGAAAAAAGAUUAGUAGUUCUUCUAGAUCAAAGGGAACAGAUAGAAACAGUGACCGCCAAUGACAUGGUCAAUAAUGUACAAUCUAAAAAUGAUAAUCCUGACUUGGAUUCUUUAUAUUUACCAUCUAUAAACAGAGACGCAGCACAAGUUCAAAAUGUAUAUCUUGUAGAGAAGAUUUUAUCCAGAGAUGAAUUUGAGCAGAUUUACUGUGAGCUUGUGGAGACUAAUUAUACAGCUGAUUUACACCCAUACAUACUGUCCUUCAUAGAAAACAAGACUCUGUCCUUACAAUUAACAGUGUUAGCUCUAUAUACAAGUGAACUUUUAAAACUGGUACAGCUUGAUAAUAAAGAAAUAAUGAAAAAAGACUUUAUAUUAUGCCACUAUUCUAUAACAUUGAAUAAUAUCAUAAUGGAACACUUUACAAAACAUUGUACAAAUAAACAUAUAAAGCAAAAUAAAAUUUUAUGUCAUAUAAUUGUAUUUACAUUAAUCUUAUGUAACUUUAGCUUUAAGCUGAUGCCUUUCUUUAAAGUAUUAAAUGUUAGCUCUGGCCGUAUGAUGAAAAUGAUAGCUCUCACCGGAGCAUCAAUUAUAAUUGAAGACAGUGAAAUGACAGUACAGUUAAAAUUACCAUUAGUUCCAAAACCUGGGGUAACCAGAUCAGGUCUCAGGCUAAGAAAACCAGGUGUCAGGCUAAGAAAACCAGGUGUCAGGCAAAGAAAACCAGGUGUCAGGCAAAGAAAACCAGGUGUCAGGCAAAGAAAACCAGGUAUCAGGCAAAGAAAACCAGGUGUCAGGCUAAGAAAACCAAAAGUUGACAAGAAGUUCGUGCUGAGAGAGAAUGAAGAUGAAAUCGACCCAGAUGAGUUCUAUGUUCCGUUUCUUAACAGAGAAGCAACCAAUCUCGAAGAUGUAUAUGUUAUAAAGGAGAUUUUAUCUGAAGACGAGUAUGUCAAUAUAUUUUUUGAGCUAUCAGAACACAAUUAUAUGGAUGAUUUACAUCCGUACAUAAAGCAAUUUGUGGAAACCAGGACAUUAUCUUUAGAGUUUACAGUGCUAGCUGUAUAUGCCAGUGUACUCAUAAAAUUCUUAAACACCAACAUUAACGAAAUCAGAAAAGCUAACUACAAAAUUUGCCACCAUUCUAAGAUAUUAAAUGAGAUCUUAAUUAAAAGGUUUACAGAACGUUUCAAAUACUCGUAUAGAUGCGAAAAACAAAGACCACAAGCAAUGAGAAAUAAAGCUGUGUGUCAUAUAAUAGUAUGUACGCUAAUCUUAAAUAACUUUCAGUUUAAAAUUGAUCAUUUUGAUCAUGCGAUAAGAAGGAAAAAACGUAAUGGAGACCCCAUACCAAAGUUGGUCAGAUACGUUGCAGCAACAAUUGAAACUGGGGACAGUGGAACAAUGGUAAAGCUAAAAUUGCCGUUAGUUCCAAAAACUCGGGCCGCUAGACUGAGAAUAUAUGCAAUAAAACAUAAAAUGGACUUAAAGAAGAAGGAGGCUAGCAAAGAAGAGACUGUCAAAAUUGACCCGGAUGAUUUCUAUCUACCAAGUAUUAACAGAGAAGCAACUGAAGUUGAAGAUGUAUAUCCUGUAGAGGAGAUUUUGUCUAAAGAUGAGUAUGAGGCAAUUUAUUAUGAGUUACAACAGCAUAAUUACAAAGAUAAUUUACACCCAUAUAUACAGUCUUUUAUCGAAAAUAAGACUCUUUCUUUACAAUUAACGGUGCUAGCUGCAUACGCAAAUGAACUAUUAAAAGAAGUUAAUACAAAAAACGGCAGUUAUAGAAUAACCCGCCUUUCUGAUAAACUAAAUAAUAUCUUCAAAAAAAGAUUUAUUAGUGAAACUAGAAUGGUUAAAAACAAGUUAUAUGACAUAAAAGAAAGAAUGUUAUGUCAUAUAAUUGUAUGUUUGUUAAUCUUAAAUAACUUUCGAUUUAAACUAGAAGAUUUUUGUAAUACAAUAAAGAACACAUAUGUUACAAAACAUGUCGAAAUGGCUGUGAGUCUUGUUGGAGCGGUGAUUGUUAACGGAGACGAGGGAUUGCUGGUAGAGUUAAAAUUACCAUUAGUGCCAAAGCAGGACAUUAUAGAUAUAACUUCGAAAUAUCGAAAUAAAAAAAGUGAAAACAAAAAGAAAGAAAAAAGUGAAAACAAAAAGAAAGAAAAAAGUGAAAACAAAAAGAAAGAAAAAAGUGAAAACAAAAAGAAAAAGAAUAAAAGUGCAGAUGACGAAACUGAGGUUAUUGACCCAGAUGACUUCUACGUACCGCCUAUUAACAGAGAAGCAACUGAACUUGAAAAUGUUUACCUUAUAGACAAAUUAUUCUCCAAAAGUAAAUACAAGAAGAUUUACUGUGAGUUGGAAAAGAGUAAUUAUAGUGAGAAUCUACACCCAUACAUACAGUCUAUCAUCAAAAACAAGUUGCUCUCCAAACAGUUCACCGUGCUAGCAGUUUAUGCAAGUGAACUGAUAAAAUUCAUUCAUGUGAAAUCAGAACUCAGGGGAAAAGACUUCAAAAUAUGCCAUUUUUCUGAGACAUUGAAUGAUCUACUAUUGAAGGAAUUUACAGAAUUUCGUGAAUAUAAAAGUGCAAAACGUAGAAUCAGAUCCAAAGAUAUGACAGACAAAAUAAUAUGCCAUGUAAUAGUGUGUUGUUUGAUCUUAAACAACUUUCAGUUUGAGCUGAAACCUCUCUACGAUGCUUUAAAGCCUAAAAAAUGUAUAAGAACCUUAAUAGAGUUCGUCGGCCUUGUCGGUGCGUCAAUUGUAGACGGGAAUAUUGUGCAAUUAAAAUUACCAUUAGUCCCAAAACCUCCAUUUACUAGAAGAAAACCAUCUACUGCAAUCAUAAACAGCUAUUUAAGCAAGCCAAGAGAAAACAGGUAGUCCGUGGCAGUCGCAUUGUGCGGAGUUGGAGCUCCUGCAGGGGCUUGCAAAAAAGUUACAAGUACGAGGUAUGUGACGCUUUGUUUUAACGAUUCUAAUUUAAGGGCCGAUUACAUCCACAUGCAAACGGGCCCCACAUUCCACCGAUUUUUGGCUCAUAAUCCUAGAUUUUUCAGCAUAUUAAAUAACACUCGUGCUUUUUCAUUAUAUUAUCUGACUGAAUUAAGAAGGUAACUGAUUGCUAAUAAUAUGCAUGGAAACGGAGCCUUCUUAACACAUUCACUGCCAGACAAAAAACGGCGCACUACCCCAGAAAUCGGGAACCCACGUGGUGGGCGCUCGUGAACUUUGUUCAGAUGCCAGACAACCCGCUGGGCGGGUUUUUUUUUUAAUACUAUGUCGGUGGCAAACAAGCAUACGGCCUGCCUGAUCGUAAGCAGUCUCCGUAGCCUAUGUACACCUGCAACUCCAGAGGAGUUACAUGCCCGUUGGCGACCCUAACCCCACCCCCCUCGUGGGUUGUUUUUGUACGCAGCUAUAGACCACCGGUUUCUGGGGUAGUGCGCCGUUUUUUGUCCGGCAUCUGAACAAAGCUCACGGGCGCCCACCAGGUGGGUUCCCGGCAGGGAAUGUGUUAAUUUGGUCGAGUAAUAAAAAAACAUUUUAACCAACUAUUAGGUUUCAAAUGUUAGUUCAAAGAGGUUUUAUCACACCAAACAUAAUUUAUAGAUUAAAUUAUCUCGUAAAUUACAAUAAUGAAUAAACAUAACAUUUUAUCGAUUUGAUAUCCAUCCGUCGAAUAUUCACGUCGUCUAUGACCAGCUUUGACCUCGUUGGAAUGAGCGAAGCCGAAGACGAAUGCACUGUCCUUGGAAUGACCAGAAUAACUUCUGCACCACUUCGCGACACAUUAAGACAUGUUUAAUUAUAAAUAAAAGUUGUUUUUAUAAGCCGAUAUAGCCAUCCGUCACUGACUCAAUUCAGUCGAACUGAACUUGCAAAUCGAGUAGUUUGUAAGCGCCGCCCAUCUCAGGGUAGUUUACGUUGGGCUAUAAUUGAGCGGACAGAAUGCUUCUGUUUUUCCGUUCACUGCCUUUUACCAUCAAAAUCGGGUGAAAAAUAAUUGGCGGUAUAUGAAACUUUUAUUCAAUGGAAAAUCAGUAAAGACGCUCAGUCUUUCUUAGAAAACGUGUUGGUAGCUUACUUCAAUGAACUGGCGAAUAAGUGCCUACAAGCCCAACGGCCAGCACGCUUUGGUGCAAUUAUUCGAUGUUAAAACGGUAAGCCACCAUUUUGAAAUUUGUACUUACUGUUUUGACAAAAAAAAAUCUUAUAAGUUUUGUUUUUUCCUCGCAAGUGUGUUGAAAAACGUCGUAUGAAACGCGUGUGCAUUGAUCAUUACCCACAUCGGCUUUCUCGCCUCGAUACAAUAUCGCCUCGUGUGUAAUGACCAACUUACCAUUAGCAUACUUGUAUCAUAAUGUACUAUAGUCUCUAAUUGCCAAAAAUUUUCAAUAUUUGAUAUUUUUGCAUUUGAACUGUUUUUUACAUUUCAAAUAUUGCUAACGAUGUACUGAUAUUUUGUGAAAAGGAAAACGACUUGCUCAGGGGGCCUACAGCGAAAAUAGAAGUUCGUCAAUUGCGGGCAUUUUUCUUUGUCACUUUAAUUGGGUCCUAGUGAGAGUAAAAGAGAAAGAUCCCCGCAAUUUGCGAAUUUUGGUUUUCGCGGUAGGCCCCCAUGCCCGACGUCGGCCCCAACAUAGGUCCCGUUUGCAUGUGGAUGUAAAUGGCCCUUUAAGCUAAGGAGCCGAUAUUUGGUAACAAAACUUCCGUGAGACUCAGACAUAUUAAAUAUGUUAAAACGUAACCCGUGACUUAUUUUAAGUCGAAAAUCGCUCGAUAUGUUUCACUCCGUACCGAGAAACAUCAUCGGGAGCUCACGUUGGCAGACCGGCACAGUAGUGCACUUUUGACUUAAAAUACGAGACAGACCCAUUUUAAUAUAUUUAAUAUGACAACGUUUGAUAACUUUAAAUUUGACGGUAUAUAAUACAUAUUUCUGGUAGCUGCCAUAAGCUUCACGUCCCUGACAAAGUAGACCUUUUUGUGGCCCCUGCAGCUCGGCCUUCUAGCCUCGUUUUCGGCCUUACGUGAGCUUUCGUAGGGCAUUGCCCUAUCUGAUGUGUGCCUUGUGGCAGUCGGCCUUCGGCUUCGCUCAUUCCAACGAGGUCAAAGUUGGUCAUAGAGGACGUGAAUCUCACCUUCUGGACGAAUUCUGACGGAUUUUAAGGUCUUAUUUUGAGGGAUUAGAUAUUUUUAAUUGUUAAAUUUAGCACAGUUUCCUCUACAAUAUUGGUUUACAAUCGUAGGUUAUCUUGUGUCCCUUAGAAUCAAAGAAAAUAGAGAUAUUUAAUAAAACUAAAUUAUUCUGUAUAAAAAUUACUUAUACAGUUGUAAGUGUUGGAGCCUCUUUUUAAUUAAGUAACAAAUAAAACCACCGCUCUUCCUUAAUUAGUUAAGAAACAACAAGGUGGAUUGUUAAAGAAAACUUUGUAGCCACAGUAAAUUUAUAUUCGACACAUGAUUAAAACUAAUUAAACCUUAGCGUAAUAAAAAUAAUUGUACCUUAGUGUUUUGUUCUUAAAAAUGAGAUCUAUAACUUGAACAAUUAUAACGCCUGCAAAAUUGUAAUAGCAAGCAAAAUAUAAAACGAGGAAAACUUGGAAACUACAAAUACAACGGCUCAUAUUAUAAUUGAAUAUGAAGGUACAAAAAUUUGGCUUUUAUAGAAUUUAUCAAUAACCACGGGAACAUAGCGUAAUAAAGUACACCCGCCAUUCUUACUGUCAGGAUGGCGGGUGUACUGUUUUUUGAUGAUAACUUUAUGUACCGUGAGGUACAUUUUUUUUAAAGGAGGUACUAAAUAGUACAAAUUAGGUACAAAUAUAUGGUAUGGUUUUCAUAUAAUUUUAUUUAGGUACACCCGCCAUUUCGACUCUUACAAAAAGUGGUGCCAUCUAAUGGAUCAAAGGCUAAAGGUAUGGCGGCAUCGUUUCGAGCGAUGGCGCGAUAACCUUUAGCCGAGGCCCGGUAAGAUGGCGCCACUUUUUGAUAUUUAACAAAUUUAACACAUAUCAGUGAAAGAACAAGGAUCAAAGUUAAAUGGCGUUUUAAAAGUUCUAAUCAUGUGUCGAAAGAUGGCAGUAAAUUUACUAUGGCUACAAAAUUUUCUUGGACCUCUAUUUCAAAUUCUCUUUGCUUAGAAUGGACUUUUAGUUACUUUUAUAAACUAAACUGCUCAAAAGUCGCCUGUAUGCAAUUGUAAUGUAGUAUUGUUCCGUGUUUGUAUUACAUAUUUUGUUCUAUAUUUCCCAGUUCGUUGUAUGAUUAAAAUUGUAUAAUAAUACUAUAAUUAUAAAUGUAAAGAAUGUGAUUUAUACCUAAGUGUUAAAAAUUCCUCAUGUGAUUUAAUUUUAGUAUUACUUUUUUGCCUUGACUGUGGUAAAUAAACUAUGUUUUAAUUGUUAAAUUAGAAUAAUAAUGAUUUUAUUUGAUUUUACCUAUAAAUACAAGCAAAUACACUUAUAAAAAUAAUAUAAGUAUAGGUACUCAAGUGUAGGUUAACACGUAUAUUAGGUACUUGUGUCAAUAAAAUAUUUGUGUUAAA